UCCAGUUAGUUUUGGGUGAGAACAGACCAAAAUGUAACUCCUCUUUCAUUAUAAAUCACAUCAGCAGUCUCCUUGGCGAUCAAGAUUUCAAGUUCAGUUACACUUCCUAGCGCUGUCUAGCACUCUGCACGUGUCAAGCACAAGGAAGUGUAAUUAAGCUACAAAUCAUUAUCAUAGAGACUGCAUUGGCAAGAUAUACACUGAAAAGGAGUUACAUUCUGGUCUGUUAUCACCCAAAACCAAGUGGAUCACUUCAGAUGACAUGGAUUAAAUGACUGGAUUACUUUUAUGCUGCCUUUAUGUGCUUUUUAGAGCUUCAAAGUUCUGGUCAGCAUUCACUUGCAUUGUAUGGACCUACAGAGCUGAAAUAUUCUUCUAAAUUUCUUCAUUUCUGUUCUUCAGAAGAAAGAAAGUCACACAUCUGGGAUGACAUGAGGCCCAGUUUUUGGGUGUACUGUCCCUUUAAGAAAACCUUUAGAUAUUAUUGUAAGCAUAUUGACACUAAGCUUUUGCUUAACUUAAAGGUGUGUGCACACCCAAAAAUGUAAAUGAGUAAAUUGGCAAAAUGUCAGUGAAAAUGUCCCUCAAAUAUUGAAGUCAUGUGACUUUAUAUUAAAACUCUGGCAUCUUAAUUUAAAGCAACAUGGCAGCAUUGUAAGAAACUCGCUGACACUCACUUUAGCAUGUAAAAUGACGUAAUGUCCCGGCGGGUGGUGGGGAAUCGGGUAAUUUAUGGAUUGUUUUGAAUGCUGAUUGUUUGUGUACUCAAUCAAUAAUGACAAUGUGUUCAUCGACACAGUGCUGCUUUAACCAGAAGAUAAACUUUUAGUGUGUCAUGUUCCAUUGCCCCGCCCUCUAUCAAACCACGCCUCCAAAGUCCCGCCCAUUGUAUUUGAUUGACGCGCUGGAGGAUUAGACACACUGUGGAUUUACACACACACACACACGUAUAUUUAGUUAUUUGAUUUGAGGUGGCAAUGAAGGACUGUGUUGUGUGUCUGAUGGAGUCAGCAUGAUUGAUGGAUGGAUUGAUUGAUGGAUGGAUUGAUUGAUGGAUGGAUUGAUUGAUUGAUGGAUUGAUUGAUUGAUGGAUUGAUUGAUGGCUGAUGAGGCUCCAGGAUGUGCGGGAGCAGCACUUUUAUCCCGGUGUCCACUGCUGCUGCUCUGCUGGUCACUGCAUCCACUCUCUUCUUCGUCUUCACGUGUCCUUGGCUCGCUGAGCAUGUGUCUCUCGCUCUCCCACCAUGUGUCGGAAUCGUGUUCCUCUUUGUGAUGGCAAACUUCACCAUGGCAACGUUCAUGGAUGCCGGCGUGUUCCCGAGAGCUCAUGAAGACGAGGAUAAAGACGAGGAUUUCCGCGCGCCGCUCUAUAAGAACGUGGAGGUGAGAGGCGUGCAGGUGCGCAUGAAGUGGUGCGCUUCCUGUCACUUCUACAGGCCACCCAGAUGCUCACAUUGCAGCGUGUGCGACCAAUGUGUCGAGGAUUUUGAUCAUCAUUGUCCAUGGGUGAACAAUUGCAUCGGGAGGCGGAACUACCGUUUCUUCUUCCUGUUCCUCCUCUCUCUCACUCUUCACAUGGUCGGUGUUUUCUCCGGUGGUCUCCUGUAUGUCCUCGAUCAUCUGGAGAACUUGUGGGAGCUCCACGCUGCUGUGACGUUGGCGGUCAUGAGCAUCUCAGGUUUGCUUUUUAUUCCGAUCUUCGGUUUGGCAUGUUUCCAUCUGGUGCUCGUGGCACGGGGUCGCACGACUAAUGAACAAGUGACUGGAAAGUUCCAGGGAGGAGUCAAUCCGUUUACACGUGGCUGCUGUGGCAAUGUGCAGUUCGUCCUUUUCAGUCCCAUCACUCCGAGAUACGCAGAUAAGUUUUGCGACAGAUUGCCGGUUCGCAUACAGCCUCCUUUCCAACGACCAGCGUCUCAUAAACCGACCGCUGUGAAGAGUGCAGACAACAACAGCAUCCAGAACCAAAUCCUGCCAGAGAAGUCUGUAGAUGAAGUAGAUGUUCCUGAUAAUAAACGAUUGAGCGCUCCACCGCCGCUGCCCCCGAAACCAGAUCCAGUCCUGCUCAAGAACCAUCUAGCUGCUUUGGAAGAGAGUUUGCGCCAUUCUCGGACCGCAAUGUCUUCAGCACACAGGAUCAAUAAACUUCACACCUCAGAAUCGCCCACAAGAUUGCUGUACCAGAUCGGGAAGAGGAAUUCUCCGCUGGGAUCUCAGGAUGACCUGUCUGAACCGCGUCUGAUACAGUCUGAGAAUCAAACCGCCGUCUCGACACGCCUGCAGUCCAGCACGCUGACUCUCAAUUUCCACUCGCUGAGUUUUAAACACGCCAACCGCCGCCGAGGAACUCUGGGUCCCCAUCCGACCCCCAGCCCCCUCAGCAGCCGAGAGAGCAGCCUAUCGUCCGACAGUCUGCUGCGGACGGGCGAGGUCGCCCAGCGAGGGGUGCAUCCUGUGGCGUACCAGACACCGUUCCUGCCCGUCGAUCCCGGUCUCUCCAGGGGUCCCGUCGACAUGCAGUGGAUUCCAGUGCAUACCUGCAGCCCGGUGUUCAUGAAUAUCAGCCGACAUUCCCCACAGCACCGCGAGCCGUCGCCCGCUCACUACGACAGCCUCCCCAAACCGGUAAUGAGCUCCAUUCAGGAGCGACGAGAGUUGGACGACAAAGACAAGCCAGCACCGGGUUUCCCGCAGGUGUCGCUCGCUCUCAGGCAGGACAUCGGCAUCUACGACAUGCCCAGCAGACGCAGCCUGCCACACGAUUUCCGAGGGCCUUCGUCUCGUGGUCCCACCCCGCCGGCGUACGGCUCCCGGGAGUUUCUUCUGAGCAGUGCGGCAUACGGUUACGGCAGCAGAACGCAUCUCUCCUCCUCUUCAUCUUCCUCGCUCACCCGUGCUCCCAGGACCACCGGUUCGCCGCUUCAUUUCAACGCUGGGCUGCAGGGUCGCUCGCUCUCCCCUUCGAUCUACCGCUCCCUGGAACGCCAGUCGCAGGUUCCGUCCUCCGCAUUCCUGUCUGCUCUUCCGACUUCCUCCUACGGACAGCAGAAGGCGCUGGCGUUUAUCGCGACCACAGAGAGGACAGAUCUGCACCCAAACAUGGAGUCUUGAUUCCUAUAAACAUAUGAGUGUGUCUGUUUAGAGACGGGGUUCCCAAGGUCACGGAAAACCUGGAAAUAUCAAGGAAUUUCCCACCAAGUGGCUUGGCUGCGCUGUGAAGAACAAAAACACCUUCAGCCACGUAAAAUUACGAUUUUAUUGUCCGUGUUUUGUAGCUUUUAGUUCAUGUAACUUUUUGCCGAUACACACAGAUCAAGAAUAUUGAUGACUCAUCUUGCACUACACAGACUUUUGCCCAAUCAAAUAAUCUCUAGAAUGAGAAUGCCCCUCCCCUAAUUAAUAUUAAUUAUAAAAUAGGGAAUACAUUAACAGAGGAAAGAAACCUGUCAGGCUAAUAAACAGACGUUACAUCAGGACUUUUCAAUCAUCCGUACGUCACUGUAUUUUCUAGUUAAGCUCAACUAUUAAUUAAUUUGCUAAAGUUGUGCAGAUGUGCUGAUAUUCCACGUUUAUAUUCUAUACAUUUGUAAUGUUCUAUGAGCAAAGAGAUUAUAUUAAUGCACCGAGAGAGCUUCAUUCUGCGUUAUUGUAAUGGAUGAAUGAUCAUUUAAAUGAAUAUCGAAGUAUUUGUUUCUUGUUUGUUGUGUAGUGUAAGUGUUGCAGUGCUGUGUUUUAUAUGUAGUUUAUUAGUUAAUAAAGUUGGAUGUUUUUACUAAAAAAAGUAUUCGGCUAUGUUCUUGUGUGCCGUGUAGUUUGGGCUUUUGAACAUAACAUUUGGAAAUGUUCUCGUCUGCUGUGCGCAACAGGACCUGGCAGUUGCACAAUUGACAUACAUUUGAUUGAUACUGUAGCAUGUUUAAGAUGA